ACGACACUGGAAUUCAUGAAAAAUAUUUUAAGAUUAUUUGCUAAUUGCUAAUUUACUCGGUAAUUAUCUCUCGUAAUUAGUAAUGUAAUUGUAAUACGUACAUAUUUAUACGUUCAUUUGUUACUAUGAGAUAAAAGAGACUAAACACUUUUAAACAUGCAAAUCUAUCUUGUUUUUUAAAUAUCAGAGCACAAUAGUUUACGAAAAUACUUUGAGUUUUGCAGGACAGGUAGUACACAAAAUGAAUUGCGACAUUUUCGUUUUUCUCCUGCUGUCGUUAUUUGCUUCCGAUGUUUCGAGUGUCGAACGAAUUGUUGCUUCGUGCAAUUUUCUUUUUUCGAGAUUUUCCUUUGUCAUACGACAAAGUUCGCGUCGAUUGAUAUCAGUAGUACCGUAUAAAAUAUCACGCGAUCGUCAUAUUUUCGCGAAUAAGUGCUACGAAGAAGCAGUUAUCAAUGUAUUAUUGAAAGGAGAAGUAGAUCCAAGAGACAUUGGACAUGAGUGGAACUGAAACAUUGCAACUUUGCAGGUUUGAGUAUCUUGGAGCUGCGCAAGGAGAAGAGCAGAGACGCGGCGAGGUCGCGACGGGGUAAAGAGAACUACGAGUUCUACGAGCUCGCGAAAAUGCUUCCUCUACCGGCGGCCAUCACCUCCCAGUUGGACAAAGCCUCCAUAAUAAGAUUAACAAUUUCGUAUCUCAAGCUUCGCGACUUCUCCAGUCACGGCGAUCCACCUUGGACUCGCGAUGGUCCACCGCCCAGCAAAUCUGUCAAAGGUGCUAAUCGAGUCAGAUCGUCUACAUCUACAGCGAUAGAUCAUUUCGAAAUUCAUCAAGGUACCCAUAUAUUACAGUCCCUGGACGGCUUCGCGAUGGCUGUCGCGGCGGAUGGCAGAUUCCUGUACAUAUCCGAGACCGUUUCGAUAUAUCUCGGCCUCUCACAGGUAGAAAUGACGGGGUCGAGUGUCUUCGAUUACGUCCAUCAGCUCGAUCACGCCGAGGUCGCCGAGCAGCUCGGCCUGGGCCUCACGUCGUCGUCCUCGAGUACCUCAGGCGCGCACUCGUCGAAUUCCGGCCUCGCCUCGCCGAGCAGCGGCGCGUCGGAGGAGCAUGGUUCGUCUUCUACCGCGAAUCCCGACGUGUCCUCGGUAAUGUCGUUGUCGUCGACCGGACUCUACAAGGGGUUCGAUCGAGCGUUUUGCGUUAGGAUGAAAUCCACCCUGACGAAAAGGGGGUGCCACUUCAAACAAUCGUCGGGUUAUCGGGUCGUACUAUUGCUGUGUCGUUUGAGGCCGCAAUUCACAUUUAGCCAUACGAGAAAGUCCGCGCCGCCUUUGAUGGGCAUGGUCGGAUUGGCGAUUGCGCUUCCGCCGCCGAGCGUACACGAAAUUCGUCUCGAGACCGACAUGUUCGUCACACGCAUCAAUUUCGACUUCCGGAUAGCACACUGCGAACCAAAGGUUUCCGAGUUGCUGGACUACACGGCCGACGAGUUGACGGGGAAGAACCUGUAUACGCUGUGCCACGGUGAAGACGCGCAUCGCCUUCGGAAGUCUCACGUGGAUCUGAUCAAUAAGGGACAAGUACUGACACAUUACUAUCGACUGAUGAACAAAAGCGGUGGAUACACGUGGCUGCAGACGUGCGCCACCGUCGUGUGCAAUACGAAAACGAACGAGGAGCAAAAUAUCAUUUGCGUCAAUUAUGUUAUAAGCGGGCGAGAAUACGAAAACUUAAUUAUGGACUGCUGUCAGCUGGAGGACGGCAUCACCGGCGUGAAGCGGGAGGACACGGCCGGAAAUGAUCCGGAGAAUGGAUCGCCGGACGCCGACAGAGGAGAGGGUCGUAGUCGAGGCGGCCCUGCGAAUCAGCAUCAGGAACAGUCUCACCGGUCGCCGCCUGAGGAGCGAGAGGAGAGCCACGGGUCGGAGAGCGAGAAGCGCGGGAGUCGGCAUCACGACAAUAUCGCCCAGCUGCAGCAGGAGUCGCAGACGGCCGUCGGGAAUAUCAGCACGCUCGUGGUGAGACUGCGCGGCCACAAGCGGAAAAUCCACGACGACGACAGCAGCUCGAACGAGGAGGAGGACGAGGAGGAGGCCGCGGUGAAGGAGACGAAUAGCGAGAGGUCGCGCGCCCUCAGUCCGAGCGCGACGUCCACACACUCGAUCUCGACGACCGAGCAGACUCUCUGCGCGACCAGCCCGAAGGCGCCCCGUCGCGCCGAGAGCGGCAGGAUGGACAACGGCGCCGAGAGCACGGGGACGUCGGUGAAGGAUCUCGAGCAGGCGAUGUCCAAGCACCUGCCGGGCAGCUCGUUGAACAAAUCCAACUCGCCCGCGACGCUUCACCAACCGACGGACUUCAGCACGGACGCGCUGCUCAAGCAGCAGCAACAGCGGAGCACGAUACAGUGGAUCGGCGCGCACCAUCAUCUCGGCCACCUGAGCCCGCAGCAAUCCGCCGCCGCUCCUUUGCCCGCCUCCGCGCUCCUCAGGCAACUUUACGCCGCCAACCGGGAGAGCGUGAUACGCGCCAACGUGCAUGGAAUCACGUCGAGCGGCGGUUCGCGCGCUCCCACGUCGGCCGGCAUCUAUUACCCCGGCGAGACUGCUCCAAAUGGACCUCUGCCCACACCGCCGGGUUCCGAAGGCUCCAGCACAUACGGCGAACAUCAGUUUGUGCUCGCCGCGCACAAUCAAAAGGGAUCUAACGGCACUAGCUGCGCCGACGCUUUCACCAGUCUAGUUUCAUCGUACACGACAGCUACCGCGGCUGGCUACUCGGUGGACUAUCACUCGGCGAUGACUCCGCCAUCGUCGGUCUCGCCACGAGACAAGCAGCAGCAGCAGCAGCAGCAGCAGCAGCAGCAGCAGCAACAGCAACAGCAGCAGCAGCAGCAGCAGCAGCAACAGCAGCAGCAGCAAUUGCAUCCCGUGAAUGUGAUAAGCAGCUACGAGGGCUCGUCGGCGUACGCCGAUCCCGUUCUCCGUCAUCAAUACGAACCGGCGCAGCCGUUACCUUUGAAACCCCAGGUGUACUCGGCUACUGUUCAUCCGAGUGCCUUAGACGCCGCGGCGGCGUACGCCUCGGCGGGUUUGACGGAACAACCGCAGUUCUAUCAUCAUCCAGCCGGCAGCGCCGGCUUCCACAUCUAUCAUCCGAGCAACAAGUCGACGGCGAACGGCUGGUACACUUCGACGUCCUAGUGGUCCCAACCGUAGAGAUUCCACCAUCCGUACGCGGAACCACGUGUACUUAAGCGACUGUAAUUAAAAACCCAAAGUCCUCUCCCUCGUGCAUAUCAGUGAUACGCUGUUUCAUCGCUAUCACGAUCACCGGCGAGCGAUCCGCGUUGGAUCGGCAGGUUUUUCCCUCGCCGUCCCUUUUCUCCCGAGUCGUCGGACUCGGCAGCGCGCCGCGACGCAUCCGAUGCGUCGACCGCGCUGCAACAAUCGCUCUCUUCUUCAUUAUGUAGAACGAUUUAUUGUAAUAUAAUGAAUAAAUUAUUAUAUAUAUGUUGACUUUUCAGAGAUAUCUGCGUAAAUAUGGAGCCAAUUGAAAACUUAUGCGUAUUCUCACCGUGCGUGUUCGACGUGAUCUGACGUGACGCUCAAGAGAUAUCAUGAUAUCUAGAAUUCGCAAUUUUAUUAUACAUGUGAUAUAUAUCGGCAGCAAGUGAGAGAAAGCAGCAUCCUUGCAUCGCGUUAAAUAUAACUGAGCAAGCGCAAUCACUGCUAACGCAGUCCGCGUGAGUGCGGUUAUUUGGAAUAUUUUGUAUCAUAUUUUGUUGCGGAAUGAUUUUCAUAAGAUGAGUAAUCUUUAUGUUUUCAUAGCGUUUAUUUUAGAAGUUGUAGAACGAGAGAAAAUACUGAAAUUGAUUUCAAUGUUACACGAAGCGUGUUCGAAAAAUAGCACGACUCAACAAAAUUCGCUAUUUCUAUUAAUUUGCGUUAAUUAAUUUUUGUUUCAGUUGAUUAAACGUCAAUGAAUUUAUUUG